AUGCCUGCCCCAUCGGAUGUCCUACAGUUCAUUCGCGGACAGCUGUUCCAAACACCUCAGCUCCCCAGCACGAGCUUCGUGGGCAAGACAGUCGUGAUCACAGGUGCCAACACUGGCCUGGGUUUUAAAUGCGCAAAGCAUCUUGUUCAACUGAACGUCUCGAACUUGAUCCUCGGCUGUCGUAGCAUUCACAAAGGCGAGGCUGCCAAAGAGAAGCUUCUCGCGAAAAGCAAGAACACAAAUGUCCAGGUAUGGGAGGUGGAUAUGGCGAAGUACGAUUCGGUGAAGUCGUUCGCCCAGAAAGUCAACCAGAAGCUUCCUCGCAUGGAUGCUGGUUUGGAGGAAACCUUGACCAUGAACGUCGUCUCCUCGUUCUUGCUGUGCUUUCUCUGUCUGCCAAAGCUACGACAAACCGCGGCAGAGAGAAGAGAAGCAAGUCACUUGAUAAUAGUCGGAUCCGUGGUACACUGCUUCGCCGACCACGAACAGAUCGUCCGACCUAAAGAAGGCAAGCUGUUCUCGACACUCAGUGACAAGAGCCAUGCAGAUAUGGAAGCGAGGUACUUCAUCAGCAAGCUGAUAGUCUUGCUCUGCGUGCAGGAGAUGUCAAAGCAGAUCUCGAGGAGCCGAGGAAAGUCAGGGGAGGCUCCUGUCAUCUUCAACUGCCCAAACCCUGGGUGGUGCAAGACCGAGCUUCUCAGACAGUACAACGGUGGCGCCUUUGCACGCAACCUCCUGAGACUCAUUGGGAGAUCGCCAGAAGUCGGCGCUCGUACCUUGACGUCGGCUCUCGCCGCGGACGAGAGCACUCACGGGCAAUACCUGAGUGAAUGCCAAGUGAAGCAUGCUUCAGUUUGGGUAAGGAGCCAACGAGGGCAAAAUACGCAGUUGAGGGAAUGGAAAGAGCUGAUUGAUCGUUUGGACCGGAUCUAG